AUGAAUCCGCAGAAACUCUCACCCGCCGCUGAAGCCAUUCGACUAAGGAUAAAAGAAAUGAUCCCUGAGUUAUCACGUCAAACUGUUGAAAGCCACGCGAAGCUUCUCAAAGCGGAGAAGAGUGGGAACAAUACUUAUGGAGGAGAUUUACUUGCGAAACAAAUUUCUCUUCUUUCAGGAGAAUUGCCUAUCCCAGAUCCAGAAAACUGGGGCUGGCGUUUGCUGUAUUUUGCAGUCCCCACAACAGUUGGAAAUACGCGAAAGAGAGGAUUUCUGAUUCCACUUUCUGAGAAAACGUUACCAACGCAGGAAGAAGCAACGCAGGAAGGAUUUUACAUGGAGAUUACAACUGAUCCGCAGGUCAAUUCGCAAACGGCAGCUAUAAUUUUUGUACCCAGGUGA